GAUUUUGUUCAUUCGCGUAUUCACAUAUCGCAGUGAUGGCGGCGUAGCAAUACGAAGAUAGUGUAUUAAACUGAGAGAUUCCGAGGCUUUACUGCGCGAAAAAUCUAAUAGUUAAGGGAAGCUCGGAGGGUCGGAGUUUUACGCUAGAUAUAAGUUUUUAACUUCUGUUGAAUUGUUUAGUACCGUUGUACUGAAAGUGGCGCUGGUCAAAGCAUUAUCGGGUUGAAAAAAAACCUAAAAGAAUUUUUUUCUGGGCAGUCUCCUCGCUCCACCACGCACUCACACAUUGGUGAAAAGAAGACGACGACGACGACGAAAGGGAACUGCUGCAAUUUUUGUUGUACCAAUUUUUCUUUUCGUUUCCUCAUUUGAACUCUCAUUUUGAUAAGAAGUCAAAAAGUAUUGUGUGGAGCAUUAGCUUUCCAGUCACAGAAAAAUCGUUUUUCAACAAUUAGGAGGAAAAUUUCUCCCUCAAGGGGCCCUUUCAAAGGGCCAUACGAAGAAGAACAAUUUGGAGGCGACAAGAAAGAAAACGGAACACAGGUUUGCAUUAAAUGGUAAUGCAUGCCAGGAAACCGCAGCGUUUAUUGAAUGAUGGGUAUCAUCAAUCCCAUCAAUAUCAGAACUCCAAAUACAGCUCAUCCAAGAGGGAUUAUGAAAGGGAGAACAGUCGUACGACCAGCUACGGACGCGAUAGGGAUAAUUCUCCGGCCGGGAGCUCUCUAAAUAAUGGCAAUUACAAAUCGAUUUCACCGGACCUGGAUUCUCCCAGAGAUCGCGAUCGGGAACGGGAUCGAGAUCGCGACCGCGAUAGAGACCGAGACCGGGGCGGUGGAGAUCGCUAUCAGUAUGGUAUGAGCAAAAUGAGGGAUAAGGACCGGGAUCGGGAUUACAAGAAGGAUAAAUAUUCAGAUUCACUUCGUUCACCAAAGGAGAAACGUAGUCGUACCGAUCGAGAAUCGGACCACCGAUCGAAUCAUGACCGGCGACUGAAGCUAUCUGUAUCGGAGAAACGCGGAGGUUCUAGCUCAAAUUCAGAUGACCGCGAACGGGACCGAGAGCGUGAACGGAAUGAACGAGAGCGCGAAAGGGAACGCGAUCGAGAUCGUUUGCGAGAUCGUGACCGUGAUCGAGGUGGCGGAGGAAGUGGCAGUGGCGGUGGCAGUAGUGGUAGCGGUGGCGGAGGUGGAGGCGGAGGAAGUGGAGGGGUGGGUAGUGAUCGCGUCAAUCGAGUUGGGGAUUGGAGUGAACAUGUUAGUUCGUCUGGGAAAAAGUAUUACUAUAACUGCAAAACCGAAGUUUCCCAAUGGGAAAAGCCGAGGGAAUGGGUCGACAAAGAAAGUUGUAGGAUUAUAUCAAAGGAUCAACAUCGUGAAUACCGAUCGAGUAAAGAUCGAGAUCGUGACCGGGAUCGUAGCGAUCGCGAUCGAGACGAUCGAUAUUCGUCGUCUGCUAAUAGUCGAUCAAUGUCUUAUGGUAAGCAUUCCAGCAGUAAAAGCAGUAACUCGAGAAUACGAUGGCCGGCACAUGAAUCGCACCGAAGGAGGCAUGAUGAAAAUCAAGAAUUGGAAAACAGCCCAGGUGAUUCAACGCCGACAUCGGAGGCCAAUUAUUCGCACUCCAGUACACCGACCAAUCAACAGAGUCACGGCAUUAACAAUAGUAUUGGUACUAACAAUGAUGGCGUUGGAGGCGGCACGGGACUGAUGGCGAAUCAGUUACCUCGGCUGCUCUCAAACCCGGCGGCAACGCAGAGCGGUAUAGCCAUGCCGCCCCAUUCGCAACAUCAAUCGCAAAUACAAUCCUCAUCUAACUAUCAGACGAUAUCCGCGUCAUCUCCAUCCAUUCUUCAACAACAACAUAUGACUGGCGCCAGCGGUGACAUGAUGCUUAGCUCGAACACUCCUGGUCCACCAGGCUCCCAACAUCAUCAUCAUCAUCAGCAACAACAGCAAAAUCAACAGCAACAACAGUUGGGUCAAUCUCCACAUUCGUCAAACACGUCUGGUUCAGGCUCCAACGUAUCUUCGUCUCUAGCUGGACUGCCAAAAAUACUAUCGCAGAUCACAGGCAAUAAAACGAUAGAACAUAAUGAGCUAAAUCCACAGAAAGCCCUACAGACGAUCAACAACGCACUGAUGAUGCAAUCGCGUCAGCAAAACCCAAACGGGACUGCGUGCGGAUCGUCGGUUGACGGCAGCGGGAACGCCAAUACUUUGAGGGAACACGCGCAGAAUUCGCCUCUGUACAAUGUUUCAAAUCUGUCGCACCCCUCAACGCCGAUGUCCUCCGGAGGCAGCGGACUGCAUAAUCACAGCAAUCAUCAGUCCAAUAAUUUGAACUCAUCGAGUUCCGCAGCAAAUCUUAGUGGUGGCAGCAAUAGUAGCCAGCUACUCAGUGGUGACGGUCCGCCAACUCCUACACAAGAGAUGGAUCUCGUGUUACCCGAUCAUCGGAAGACGGAUGGUACGAACACGACUACAACAAGUGCCGUGAGCAGUCUGCAGGGAGUGAUGACCUCAUCGCAGAGUGGUCGAUCACAGGGACCGAAUCUGACGCCUAGUUUAGCAAAAUACUUCCGAGCCGAUUUAAUAUCCCACGUGACGGGAUGGCCAUCGGAAAUACUAGAGAAAACGAUUCAGAAACUUUCUGAAGAAGCACACAUUCUAGGCGAUCUACAGUGCAGCAAAGUAUCGGCAGAUUUAAAAUGUGCUAGGAGUUUAGUUAGAAUUACAGAAAUCACUGCGACACUGCAAGAACAGAAGAUUAUGUAUUUACGGCAACAAAUUCGUAGACUGGAGGAGCUAAAAUCGCAAAACUCUUUUAUGUCGUCUGAUGAUCUAUAGCGCUAUUGAAUAGAAAGAUAAAUUUAUAUAAAAAUAAUAAAAAGCCCAACAAAAAAAAAACUAAACAAAAUUUAACUUUCUUUUACGAGGAAGAUAAACAGGUAGUAGUAAAGUCCUGCCUGGUUUUUGGAUGCAUGUUAUACACUGCAAUACAAAAUACAACUAAACUACAAAAACAUGAAAAGAGAACAGGACAGGCAUCAAUGUAUGGAUAAAAAAGGGAAAAAGAAGACUAAGUGGAGUUCAACAUUAAGGGAAUGAAAAGAAUGAAACUAAAUCAAUACAUAUACUAAUACAUAAACACACAUGAUUGGAACUUUCGGGAAUAGACAAUGGCAGGAAAUAAAACAAAUACGGAUCCUGGAGAACGAAUUAUUUUUAAACUAUUGGUACUGUUUUGUUUUUACCAGAAAUUACACAAAAGUUUCCUUUGUGGAACGUGAGAAAACAGAAUGUUUUUUUUCGUACUGUUAAAAAGAAAAAACGUCAAAAAUUAUAGACGGCGUUUCCUCAGUUCUGUAAUAUAUUGAUGCUAGGUGUGAACGGCUUCAAAAAAAACUGAGUCUCAUGGAUAAAGAGAGUUCUUCCGCAAAUGAUUUAGGAAAAAAAGGACAUGCAACAAAACAAGUUGGAAACUGAUACGUUAGAAGCACUUUAUAGAGAGAACAAUGGAGAGAAGAAAAAUGCUAAAAAGUAGUCUAAUAUUCAUGUAUAUUUCAUUAAAAUAUAAGUUACUACUAAGAGUGAAGCGUAAAAUCAAUUAAAAUAAAGUAUAAUGAAGACAAGGAAACGAACAACAUUUUCAGAGCAGCAAAGAGCACUGACGACCGUCAACCCGUCAUUCGUGUUUAAGCAAAUAAAACACACCCACUACUUUCCGGAAUCAAGACGAAAUUAUGCACAACCUAAAAUUUACAUACAUACAGAUACAAUGAUAUCGGGAAAUUGACAUAAUAAGACAUAACAACAUAACAAAAAAUACUAAAAAAUAGUCUCACUAAUAAAAAAAGCCACCACUUCUAACGCGAUGAAGGGAACUUUAUAGCGGAAGACAGAAAUGCAGUAAAAUAUGGAUCAUCUCUUUGGUAUAACAUAACAACAACAACAAAAGUGAAAAUAUGUCAGUCAUAGGGAAAAUAGUGAAGUUUAGUAAUAUCAAAUAAUACUACAAAAAUAUAUUUAAAUCAAAAGUACAAAA